AUCUGUAUCUACCCGGCUCGCCACUCAUUGUAAACACUGGGAUUUUUAGCAAAUAACUCAACUAGUACAUGCAACACUUGCUUGAUUUGAGCCCGGGUUCUCUAAACACCAACCCCAAAAACUGGACCGACAAAUUCAAUAUUUUGGCAGGUGUCGGUGUUUUCUCGGCGUGUGUGUAUUAAACUUUAAACUCUGAGCACACACCGUGGCAGUCUAUCGGUCUACCUACACUGGUCGAUGCAACGUGCGACUAUUAGCGUACAGCUAGACAGAUAUCUUUGCUGAGAUUUUUUGGAACCAUACCGAGUCAAGCUGUGCCACCCAUAUGCCGUACUGUCAGGAUAUAACGACACUGACUACGGUGCGAGAUAUUUCCAGUGUUUCGUCGCAUUGUGAUAUGGCAUCAUUAAAACUAGAAGACGUAACAAACACAACGAUACAUCCUGACUUCAUACAAACAACAGUUAACACUGGCGACAACGGUUUAAAAAAGAACGGCAAAUGCUGCAAGGCGCUUUGCGCCGGUUGUCAACAACCUAUCGAGGACCGCUUUCUGAUGCGAGUCAUGGAAAACUCGUGGCACGAACAAUGUUUGCAAUGCAGCGUGUGCCAAUCGCCGCUGUCACGAUCAUGUUAUUUUAAAGACAGAAAACUGUACUGCAAGGGAGACUACGAAAAAUUAUUUGGAACAAAGUGCAAUGGUUGCUUGCAGUCUAUCACAUCAAAUGAACUUGUGAUGAGGGCGCUCUGUAAUGUCUACCACCUCAGGUGUUUUAACUGUAUCAUAUGUAACCAACGGUUACAGAAAGGUGAUGAGUUUGUUGUCCGAGAUAACCAGUUAUUUUGUAAAGUAGACUAUGAAAAAGAGUAUGGUUCAGUGCAGCUCAGUAGUCCACAAGGCCACCAUUCAGAAGAUGAUAGUGAUGUCAUUGACGAAGGUUACCUUGACAACAGCGUCUCCAAUACUAUGGAUGAUAAUUCUGGAAACGAUAGUGACACAAACAGCACAGAUACAAAAGGCAAUGGUGGAGAUGGUCGAAAAGGCCCAAAGCGACCAAGAACAAUAUUAACCACAGCACAAAGAAGGGCUUUCAAACAGUCUUUUGAAGUUUCACAGAAACCAUGUCGAAAGGUGCGAGAAUCGCUUGCUGCAGAUACAGGACUUAGUGUACGUGUCGUGCAAGUUUGGUUUCAAAACCAAAGAGCCAAGAUGAAGAAAAUACAAAGACGUCAAUUGCAAGAACAGGGACAAAAUACUGAUGGAACAUCACCAAGGCGAUUGUCGUCACGGUCACAAAAUAGGAGGGCACUCAAAGAUAAACAAGAUGAAAGUAACUACAGUCUAGAUGAAGAUACAGAUCUAAAAGAUAUAAAAUACACAAUGCCCGAAGAUAUGAUGAAUCAUGGUUACCAUCACCAAUCUAUUCAACCUACCCUCCCCCAUUUACCACCAAAUAUGGAACCUUCCUACCCACAAACUCCCAUGUUUCCAAGCAACCCCAUGACCCCAAUGCAAGGUCAAAGUAUGUAUCCAGGACAACCAGAUCACAUGUUUGAUGCUGCACCAAUGGAUGGAAGAAUGAUGGAUGAGAGUGGUCUCCUAGCAACCGCUCAGACUAACCACAGUCCUGAUCAUAUAACAGUUGGUAACAAUGGUAGAAUGGGAAAUCCCAUUGAUAAGUUGUACUCAAUGCAAAAUUCAUAUUUCAAUGGAUCUGAAUAGUAUAUAUAGGAGUUCAGUUUCACUAGAAAUGUUAUUUACGUUGUGUUUAUAUUUGUGUUUGCGUCUUCUCAGUCGCAUUGUUACUAUCAUGACAUGAACUUUAAUGGAAAUAUGAUGCAGUAUUAUUUAAAUGAGAUAUCCUUAUAUGGAAUUGGCAUGUCCUUAUAUGGAAAUCUGAUAUCCCUAUAUGGAGUGGUCAUGUCCUUAUAUGGAAAUUUGAUAUCCAUAUAUAGAAUUAUUGUAUCCUUAUAUAGAAAUCUGAUAUCCUUAUAUGGAAUGCUCAUGUCCUUGUACAGAAAUCUCAUUUCUUUAUUCAGAAGUUGAUGCCAGUUUGAUCCCUCAAAGAUACAGAUUUUUGUGUCUCAACAUGGCUGGUGCCACUUUUUAAAAAUAAUGAAUGAUACAUAAAAGGUAGAAAUUGACCAGAAUUUGAGAAGCAUUGAUACAAAGUAAUAUGAUUGCAUUUCCUAUCAGUCCAAUCUUAUCAACUAGUAUAUUUUCACCAUUUUUCACACUUCUAUAUUUUGAUGUAACCAUGGUGAUUGUGUCUGUUUGUCUUUCACUGUGUAUGCUUGAAGUUAUCUAGCAUUUUAUCUAAGUGCAAUAUUGGCUGGGUAACCAUGAUGUACAGUACCUUAAGCUUUAAAUCAUUUUUUUACUGCUCAUUUUGUCAAUACAAUUUUUUUUGUAGCUUAGCAACCAUUUUGUUUAAUUAUGACACAAACCCAAAUGGCUCCAAAAUAAAAAG